AUGACACCACCCAUAGUUUAUCCUUAUUUUUUUGCAGUUCGACGAAAGAGUGUGCAAAAGAAGAGAGUGCAGAGAAAAGGUCAGCGUUGGAAUGUCUUGAGGGGGAGGAAGUGGCGUCUGUUUAUGCAAUCAUUAUAUCGCUUGUGAGUUUUUGUGUUGGUUUUUUUGUAUAUCCUUAGUUUUUUCCUCAUUUCAGAUCCGUUUUUUCUAGUUUUUUUUAGAUUUGAAUUACUGUGAGCUUAAAGUAAUCAUUCUAGAUAAUUCUUCUUCUUUUUCAUACAGAUAAGGUACUUUUUACUAGGAAAACUUUAGAUUUUUGUAAAAAAAAUAUUUUAUACCUUCCUUUUUCGUAUAUUUUUAUAUUAUUCACGACUUGAAUUAAAUUUUAAUUUCAGAUCUUGCCAAAAUCAUGUCGUCGAAACGUGAAGCAACACAAGAUGCGCCAAUUGAAGGUGGAGAAUCUUCUUCUUCUUCGUCGACUGUGAGUUUGAAUAGAAAACUUGACAAUAACCUAUCACAUUUGAUGCUAUUUCAACUCGAUCAAAAGCAGUUUUCCAAUUUUUAGAACCAAAUGAUUUUUCAGACCGCCAAAAAACCGAAGGCAGAAGGAUCGGAGCCGACAUCAACUGACACAUCAACAACAACCGAAUUGGCUGUGUCGAUUCCAUCGGUGAUUCCAGAAGCGCCAGGUCAAAUUCAAGAAAGUCCGAAUGUUCAAGAAAAUGUUGUUGUUCAACCAAUUAAUGAGGUAAUUAUAUUUUUUCUGAAAUUCCAUGCGAUUUGUUGAAAAAUUCUGCUUUGAGAAACAACUUCAAAAAUCUCAUGAAGCAGUAAAUUUUUUUCGAUGAAUUGGAAAAAUUUAUUUUCAGCCAAAUCAGGAAUGUCCAACUCACCCAAUUGGUUCAUCAUCAACAACAAAUGCAUCAAAUGAAACAAAUUCGGCAAUUGGUCAAAGAUUGUUGACUCAAACGGAUUUUGAUGAAGUUGGCGAUUCUUCUUCGUCGUCGACCGAGGACAGUCCAACUCACCCAAUUGGUUCAUCUUCAUCGACAAAUUCUGCAUCAAAUGGAGCAACUUCGGCUGUUGUUGGAGAAUUUGUGACUCCAAAGGAGUUGGAAAACGAGGUAAAUAUUCCGCUUUUCUGCAAAAGAUUCAAAUCAAUAAAAGUUUUGAGAACAAACCAAAUGAUUUUUCAGACCGCCAAAAAACCGAAGGCAGAAGGAUCGGAGCCGACAUCAACUGAAACAUCAACAACAACCGAAUUGGCUGUGUCGAUUCCAUCGGUGAUUCCAGAAGCGCCAGGUCAAAUUCAAGAAAGUCCGAAUGUUCAAGAAAAUGUUGUUGUUCAACCAAUUAAUGAGGUAAUUAUAUUUUUUCUGAAAUUCCAUGCGAUUUGUUGAAAAAUUCUGCUUUGAGAAACAACUUCAAAAAUCUCAUGAAGCAGUAAAUUUUUUUCGAUGAAUUGGAAAAAUUUAUUUUCAGCCAAAUCAGGAAUGUCCAACUCACCCAAUUGGUUCAUCAUCAACAACAAAUGCAUCAAAUGAAACAAAUUCGGCAAUUGCUCAAAGAUUGUUGACUCAAACGGAUUUUGAUGAAGUUGGCGAUUCUUCUUCGUCGUCGACCCAGGACAGUCCAACUCACCCAAUUGGUUCAUCUUCAUCGACAAAUUCUGCAUCAACUGGAACACAAUUGGCAGUUGCUCAAGAAUUUGUGACUCCAAAGGAGUUGGACGAGGUAAAUAUUCCGCUUUUCUGCAAAAAUUUCAAAUCAAUAAAAGUUUUGAGAAUACAUGAAGCUCUAUUUUGUUUUGAAUAAUGAAAACAUUUUCCAGCGAGAUUGGAACGCUCGUUACGAUCAAACACUUCUUGAACUGGGAAUUGGAAGAAUUCGACCGGACGGAAAGACUGUAAGUAUAUUUCAAAGAAAGAAACACAUUUUAAGUUCUCAAUAAAGAAACAUCAAUUUUUUCAGGUUGUUCCAUUCUCAAUCCCGUUUACCCAAGCAGUUGCAGAUCUUUAUGGUAUCGAUACGGAAUCACUCCAACCAGAAUUUGGAGAAGGCACAUUGAAAAUGUGCACAAAACUGUUCGAUGGAGUUAGUAUUUAAUUGAGUUUCGUUGAAUUUUAGUCAAAAUCUUUUUUUUUUUCAGAAGAAGUCAAAAGCUUCAGCUAAGCCUUCUGCUGGACCGUCUUCAUCAGCAACACCAUCAACAUCUUCUGCAACUGCUCCACAAAACCAAGAAGAAAAAGAAGAAGAAAAAGAAGAAGAGAAGAAAGUCGAAUAA